AUGUCGAGCAGUCAAUUCGUGGUCUCAGAACUGCCCGCCGAUGCCAUUUCGUCCUUGAGGUUCUCACCGCACCCCAAUUCCCCACGCUUUGCCGUAGCUUCCUGGGACAAGCAUGCAUACCUAUAUGAAGUGACAGACGGUAAAACGUGCUUUCUGCUUGCCAAGUACGAGCACCGCGCGCCAGUCCUCGACGUGUGCUUCGGCAAGGACGAUAAUGAGCUAUACACAGCGUGCCUGGACUGGGAUGUGAGAAGGAUCGACGUGGCCUCUGGCUCGCAGACGGUUCUCAGCACCCACGACAACGGCGUGCGAUCCGUGGUCUACAGCCAAGAACACUCACUCGUCAUCUCGGCCGCUUGGGACUCGACGGUGCAUAUCCACCCUGGAUCUGCCGAAGCGAACUCGAACACGAACUCAGAGUGGAUAAAUGCAACCAUCAAUCUACCCUCCAAGCCCUUCUCCCUCGCCCUCUCGCCCUCCAAGCUAGUGGUCGCCAUGGCCAACCGCGCACUGCACAUCUACGAGCUCAAGACGUUAGCCGCCGAGUGCAAGUCAUCCGCUACAAACUCGCUGCAGAACCGCUUGGAUAUCGACCCGUGGCAGCGCCGCGAAAGCAGCCUGAAGUUCAUGACGCGCGCGAUUGACUGCAUGCCGAACGACGAGGGCUACGCGUCGAGCAGCAUCGAGGGUCGUGUCGCAGUCGAGUGGUUCGAUCCCAGCGGAGACAGCCAGGCUAGAAAAUAUGCCUUCAAGUGCCAUCGCCAACCAAUCGACGAUGUGGAUGUCGUGUACCCUGUGAACGCGAUUGCAUUCCACCCGGUGCAUGGCACAUUUGCGACGGGAGGUGGUGACGGGGUGGUGGCGAUCUGGGAUGCGGUGGCCAAGCGAAGGAUCAGGAUCUAUCCGAAGCUGAACUCCAGUGUUGCUGCAGCGUCUUUCAGUUCGAAUGGGAAGUACCUCGCCACUGCCACCAGCCCUGGGUUCGAAGAUGGAAAGGACGAAAUCACCGAAGGGUCAAUAGGAAUCUUCAUUCGCGAACUGGGAGAAAAUGAGGUGAAGCGGAAAGCCAAAUGA